GAAUUUCUUAAAAAUGGAAGUUGUUAAACUGACGAAGGGCUAUUUAACUUUAAUUUUUGAUGGAAGGAAACCAAGCUCUUCAUUUCCCUAAAAAAUGUUCAAGGGUUCAUCCUGUACUGCUUCAAAGGACGUAGCAAACUCAAGUGAAGAGGAGAACAAAGGGGCUUGUGAUACUUUAUCCUCCAUGGAUGUCUCAAACAACAAGGGCUCGCAGGUAGAUGAAAAAGAACCUGUGCUAAAAAAGUUAUCCAAAGCUUCAGAUGACCCCGACGAGGAGGGUGGCAAGAGGGUUAUGGCUUUCCUUAUCCUUCCCCAGGACCAAGAGAAUGAGCAAAACCCUGAAGCUGAGAUUGCUGACAAUACCCCACGUAUUGGAAAUCUCUACAGUGAUCUCUCUAUCAAUGUUCUCCUAAAACUGUCAAGGUCUGAUUAUGGUAUAGUUUCUGCAUUAAACAGUAGUUUUCGAUCUCUGAUUCGGAGUGGAGAACUGUAUAGGCUGAGGCGGGAAAUGGGUAUCGUAGAGCAUUGGAUUUACUUCUCUUGCAAUCUCCAUCAUUGGGAGGCAUAUGAUCCAAACCGUGGCCGCUGGAUGAAGUUGCCAAAAAUGCCUCGUAAUGACUGCUUUUUGUGUUCCGACAAGGAGUCGUUGGGUGUUGGUACUGAUCUUCUUGUUUUCGGAAGGGAUAUAUCGGGUCCAAUGGUUUAUGGAUAUAGCCUUUUGACCAACUCCUGGUCAACUGCUGUAGAAAUGAACAUUCCCAGAUGCUUGUUUGGAUCUGCAAGCAAUGGAGGAAUUGCCAUACUGGCUGGUGGUGUUGACCCAGUGGGUAAUGUCUUGAAUGUAGCUGAACUUUAUAACUCAGAAACCAGAAAGUGGGAGACUCUUCCAAACAUGCAUAAGAAAAGGAGGAUGUCUUCUGGUGUAUUCAUGGAUGGAAAAUUUUAUGUGAUCGGUGGAAUUGCAGAAGACAACAAAACAGAGAUAACCAGUGGUGAGGAAUAUGAUUUGGAGACGAAAACAUGGCGUGAAAUACCCGACAUGUUUCCUCCGCGAGGUGGAGAACCGAAUAUGGGGGCUCCUCCUUUGCUUGCAGUAGUGAACAAUGUAUUGUAUUCUGCAGAUUGUAACCAGCACAUAGUAAGAAGAUAUGAGAAAGAGAGUAAUAAAUGGGUAACCAUUGGAAAUCUUCCUGAGAGAACAUCGUCUAUAGGUGGAUGGGGAGUAGGAUUUCGGGCAUGUGGAAAUCGACUGAUGGUUAUUGGUGGGCUUACCACUGAGUGUUCAGGUGUUACUGAAAUCAAUUCUUGGAUCCCAAAUGAACAUCCACUGCAGUGGAACGUCCUUGACAGAAGGCGGAUAGGGAGUUUUGUCAGCAAUUGCGCAGUCAUGGGAUGCUGA